AUGGCGCCAGCGAGAGCGGUAGCGGGUGGCGGCGGCAACAUGGGUGGCGAGAUCCGCGUGGUGGAUGCCGCAGGUGCCAUCAUGCCGUCCGCAGCGGGGCUGCUCGCGGCGCUACUAAGGCCACAGGCUGCACCGCUACUAACGACACAUGCCGAACCAAACGCAGCGCCCGCUGCUGUGAUGGGGCGAGAGGCCCUUCUGGGGGUUCCUUGUGGUGCUGAACGGCCACGUGGCGGAAGAAUAGGUGGAGACACUCUAUUGGAUCGUGGCAUUGCAAGUAUGGCUGUAGCUAGACCAGGCGGGGUUGAGGGUUUUGGGGAGAGGGGAGGAGACGAGGGAGAAGGGAGAGAGGAGGCGGGAGGGAGAGGAGGAGGGGAGGGCAGCGAGGCGGUGGUGUGGCACGUGAGCGAGGGGCGCAUUGCGCCAGGUAAGAUCGUGUGCCCGCGCUUGUUCGCUCGCUGCUGCUGCACACACGCACCGCCUCUCCCUCCCGCCAAACCUCCUCUCCUGCAGUUCGCCCCCCCUGUUCCUCCCCUUGUCAGUCCCGCCAUCUCGUCCCCACUCUCUCCCCAUCCUUGUCUCCCAGAACCCCUCACCAUCACUCUCCCAGCAACCCCCCUCGCCAUCAGUCUCCAAGCACCCCUCCUCGCAUCACUCUCCCAACCGGUACCGUGUCAUGCUUGCCCACUAGCGCCUCUUCUCAAGUGGCCCCACCGCCCGGCCGCUCGCCCCUCCCACCAGCGCGACCACCCUGUCUUCCGUCUCCCAGGCGUCGCCUGCCCUCGCUGCCCCGCCUCCGCACUUUUCGAGUCGACUCAAAAAGCUUCUCAAGAGGCCCCACCGCCCUGCAGAUCGCCCCACCCACCAGCGCGGCCGCCCCGUCUUUCGUCUCCCAGGCGUCCGGCCCUUCCUGCCCUCGCUGCAUCUCCCUCCUCGCACGACCACCUGUUUUUCCCUCCUACCCUUGCCCCCACGGAUGGGGUGGGAGGGGAGGGCACAGCGGGGAAGGGCGCGGGGGAGGAGGGCGCGGCGGGGGAGGGCGGACCGAGAGAGGACGUGCGCGUGCGGGUGAGGGGCAGCGCAGUGGACCUGGCGUCUAUGGGAGGCCUCUUCCUCAGAGAGCGGGUCAGCUGGGGCCAGGAGUGGGUGGACCAAUUGCGAGCCGACACGUGGAUGCAUGCUUUCAGCUUCACCGGAGCACAGCAGCAGGAGGCAGGCAGGGAGAGACAGGGGUGGGACAGCAAUGUAGAUGGGGGUGCAGUGCAGGAGGGAAAGAGUGCAGUUGGGGCAACUAACAGAGGUGGCACUGACGACGGUGCUGCUGACGUCUUCCAGGUGUUGCUCGAUGCCAGCCAUGGCACCGCUGAGGUGCUUGUGGAGCUGCCUGUCCGUGCACAUGCAGGCGCACAGCCGCGGUGGGUGCUAGUCAAGCUGCUUCUCACUGUUGCCGACCAGGCGUCCAAUCGCCUCCACAUCCGUGUGCCUGCUGCAUUCAAUUCGAGUGUAAAAUUGUGCUGA